AUGAUGCAACCCUACCCUAGAAUAUUAACGCUGGAAUAUCUCAUAAUUUUCAGAGCUCACAGUCCAGGGCUUACAAAUCUCAUUCAGUUAACUCUACUUUCUGCUUACAGACAAAUGGGAUGGGAAAACCUGACCAGUGUCUCGGAAUUUUUCCUUCUGGGACUCUCCCAACAGCCAGAGCAGCAGUGGCCCCUCUUUGGUCUGUUCCUGUCCAUGUACCUGGUCACAGUGAUGGGCAACCUCCUCAUCAUUCUGGCCAUCGCUGCCGAUGCUCAACUCCACACUCCCAUGUUCUUCUUCCUGGCCAACCUCUCCCUCACUGAUACCUGCUUUGUUUCUACCACAGUCCCCAAGAUGCUGGCAAAUAUACGGGCCCAGAGUCAGGUCAUCUCCUACACAGGGUGUCUAUCACAACUGUAUUUUUUCUUGAUAUUUGGGAUGCUGGAGGCAUCCCUCUUGGCUGUCAUGGCCUAUGACCGCUACGAGGCCAUAUGCUACCCACUCCAUUACAUCAUGGUCAUGAGCCCUGGCCUCUGUGUCUUCCUAGUGUCUGCAUCCUGGGUCACGAACGCCCUCCACUCCCUGCUACACACACUCUUGAUGAGCAGCCUGUCCUUCUGUGCAGACCAAGAGAUUGCACACUUCUUCUGUGACAUCAACCCCCUUCUGAGUCUGUCCUGCACAGACCCCUUCAUCAAUGAACUGGUGAUCUUCACUGUAGGGGGUCUUAUGGGUCUGGUUUGUGUGCUUUGCCUGGUUAUCUCUUAUGCAUACAUUUUCUCGACAAUCCUGAAGAUCCCCUCAGCUCAGGGGAAGCGGAAAGCCUUUUCCACCUGCAGCUCUCACCUCUCCGUGGUCUCUCUAUACUUUGGGAGUUCCUUUUGUGUUUACUUCAGCCCCCUCUCCAACCACUCAGCACAGAAGGGUGCAGUUGCAUCAGUGAUGUACACGGUGGUAACCCCGAUGUUAAAUCCCUUUAUCUAUAGUUUGAGGAACAGAGAUAUCAAGUCUUCCCUGAAAAAGCUAAUGUGGGCUAGGAGAACUCAUUCCUCUUAG